AAGCCAUAUACACUUCCGGUCAAACAUUUCCCGGUUUACGGGGCUGUUUGUAUUUGCAGUUUUUUAAGAGUCCAUGUGUGUAAGUAGGAGGUUAAAGAUUUUGGGGGACUGUCGCAUACUUUCUGAGCAACUUGGAGAUGUUAUUACAUUUAAUAUGUUUAAAUUAACCGACGAUUAGUGGCGCACCCUCCGCGGCCCGUGUGUGCUGUAGUUAAUAAUGCGUUAAGAUGUCCUCGCCGUACUUCAUCGGGAAGAGCAGCGCGAGUGUGCUGAGCCGGAGCGCGCGCAGAGGCGUCCGCACCAGGGCUGUGGGUUCGAAGGGCGCCGAACUCACAAAGCGUGGAGACCUCGAGAAGGAGGCGGAGGAUCAUGCGAAGGGAGCAGUGAAGCAGGAGAGUGAGGAGCGCAGCAUCGCAGAGCCGGAUCGGCGCUUCCAGAGAACGGGUGGAAAACAGCUGUUGCCAGUGUUGGAAGCGACUGGGAGGUCAGGCAGCAGGACGGAGGGGAUGCGAAGCUGCGGGGCCCCCCCCAGGAGAGGUCACGUGAAGGUGCAGUAUGAGGAGAGCGAUCCCAAAAAGGAGCGGCGGGAGCCUCCCGACUGGAGGAGGCAGCUGGACAACAUCCGGGAGAUGAGGAGCCGCAGAGACGCCCCCGUUGACCACAUGGGAGCGGAAAAGUGCUACGACUCCCACGCUUCUCCCGAGGUGGGACGCUAUCAUGUGCUAGUUUCCCUCAUGCUGUCCAGCCAGACCAAGGACCACGUGACGGCAGCGGCCAUGCGGAAGCUCAGGGAACACGGGCUGACGGUGGAGAGCGUGCUGAGGAUGGACGACGACACGCUGGGGAAACUCAUCUACCCAGUGGGCUUUUGGAGGACCAAGGUGAAGUACAUCAAGCAGACCGCGGCCAUCCUGCAAGACGAGUACGGCGGCGACAUUCCAGACAGCUUCGAGGGGCUUGUACGCCUCCCGGGGGUCGGGCCCAAAAUGGCUCACCUGGCCAUGGACAUCGCCUGGAAUCGCGUGUCCGGAAUCGGUGUGGACACACAUGUGCACCGCAUCUCCAAUCGGCUGGGCUGGACGAGGACCCAGACCAAGACCCCUGAAGACACCCGGCGGGAGCUGGAAGACUGGCUGCCCAGGGAGCUCUGGAGUGAGAUCAACUGGCUGCUGGUGGGCUUCGGCCAGCAGGUCUGUCUGCCGCUGAGCCCCCGGUGCUCCGAGUGCCUCAACGAGCACCGCUGCCCGUCAGCCCAUCAUUCCUCCCCGGGCAAAAAGCUCAAGCUGAGCCCUAGCAAGACCCCCAGAGGGAAGACGAGGGUUUGGGUGGACUCUCCUCGGCCUUCGCACGCCAUCAAAGUCGAAAAGGCCCUGCCUGCAGACCCCCCGACUGAAAGACGGAGGACCAGAGCCAGUGCCGCUGUCGCGCCUAGAGAAAGCACCGUGGGGCUCUCCAUUAAGCCAGAUCCUGAUGCUCCUUGACCUGCACCACGUUACUCCCAGCGGUACAGAUCUUUGAUCAUCUCGCACCAGAAAAAUACUAUACUCUAUGACUCAGUUUCCCACCACAUGGUGUGUGGUGAAAGGGCUCUUGGGAUUGGUGAGGGACUGCGUGUGGCUAAGCGCAGACACGCCCACGUCUCCCCGUCCUCCUCGCCCGCUUUGAUUCGGGGCACACCGUGGGCUGCGCCCGCUGAGGGCGCCCUGCCAUCUGUGUCCUGCUUCCGAAUGCAGGCGGGGUGCGGUGGGUUAAUCCGGUGGUGGCAUUCUCGGCAAAGCGCCGGUCAGGACCACUGGAGCGUCGACCGUGGCCGAACGGUCUCUUUGCUCUCAGAGUUCAUCAUUUAAAACUGAUGCUGUUGCCAUACUGUGUCUUCGAGUAUAUGUCCUCCUGCGCUGUUGAACGCUCGGUGAAAUUCACUUUUUACCUAUUAAAAAAAAUACUUUUUUAUAUGCAUUUAUGUUCAGUUUUGCAAUUUUUUUCUAAGAGCAUCUUCGCACAAAAAUUGUCUCCGAUGUUAGAGCAAAGUCAUUUCGCAAGUCGCCGUCCAAAUUACCAUAAUUGUUUAUUGGAAAUGUAAAGAUCGCAGUUAAAAUUGACUAUAUUAAUAGUUUUAAUGUUGUCUCUGUACUACCACAUGGGGGCAACACAAUCAUAAACUGACGGUUGUGAAGAGAAAUAUGGAAUUGUGUUCCCGGCCUUCAUACAAUACACACUGUACAGUGUGUCAUUAUAUAAAUUAUACUACACAUUUUGUUGCAUUUUUAGGAGCAGGCUUUAUGUCUGCAAACUCCCUCGAGCGAUGUGAUAAAGUUAAUCAAUAAUAUAUGCAUAUUUCUGUGAAAUGUACUUCCAGCUCUAGAAUAUUAUAGGCCUAUGCACAUAUGUAUAAGAAAAUGUAUAAAUCAGUGUUCAGGACUAAAUUAUCAACAACAUACUGUGAUAUUUAAAUAUGAAAAUGCCUGAACAAAUUCUGAGAACUUCUGGGGGGGUCAGAUAAAUAAAAAUAACAAAUAAUAAUGCAGUCAUUUGAAUGGUGAUUGGCAAUGUAUAAUAUACAGUUAUUUUAAAACAAUACCUUUUGAAGUACAUGCACAUGAGUGGAGUUUCCCCAUAAUAAAGGAAGGCAUUGCUUCCGCACAGUAAAACCCUCUCGAUAAGUAACAGGGCCGAGUUUGUAUGCUAAAAUUAGCGAUUAUGCAACAUGUGGGUGAGUAGCAUGGGACUGCAUGGUAUGUAUGAAAUAAACAUUAAAUACUGCGUAUUUCACCCAAAUCACGCAAAAAUAUUAAUUGUACAGCUUUAUUUUUUGCAUUGGGCUUUAACAGCUCAACUCAGUCUUCUUGGCCGGUGCUGAAAUAUGAGUGAAAUUAUACAGGGAGAGUUGACAUGCUGUACUGUACCUUUCUUCUCACCAUGGUCCUUGAAACACUUACAUGAUCCAAAUUAUAACUGAUAAUUUAACUGGUGGAAUAUUAUUUCAUUUACUGCAGUAAAAUUGUUCCAUUAAGGGUAAGUGUAUUGAAAGUGUGUUAUUAUGAAAAAUGAUCACAUGGCAGUAUGGGACUAGUAACCAUAUUAAAAUCAUAAUAUUUAAUCAUGUA